UCAUGAAUCGAAAUGAUAUUCUUAUACCGUUAUAACCUGUUUUAUUCCCUCAGAAUUGACAAAGUUUUGGAACCAUAGACAAAUGGAUGGACAAGGUGCCCAGUUGGAUGAUGUCUACGCAUAUGGACUGUCAAGAGCAUUGAUCAAAGUGGCACCUCCGGCCACUGUAGGCCUGUUCUCCCAGUGCCCCAGCCGCACUGAAACUCUACUGAAGAAGAUCAAGAUUUAUAUGAACAGAGAGGCAGAGUGGAGAGAACAGAAGCACAAGCUGAAGCGACCUCCUCCAGCAUGGAUUAGCUACUUGGCCCUCCUCCUCUCCAUCAUCUUCUUCCGUCCCGUGUGGAGGGAGGAAGAGGAGCGGAGGAGGAGAAGGGUAAGGUGGAUCUUUGUGCGCUUCAGCGCAUGGCACUUUGCAGGCAGUGAUAAACUCUGGGCUGGGUUGGUGAUCCGCCUCUUCAAGGCCAUCCAGGAUGACUUUGGGGAACUUCCCCUGGGCCUCUAUAGAGCCACCCAGCAUCCCUACCCAAAGAAAGUCACGAGCGAAGGUGAUGAGGUCAAUUGGAAAGCCAUUAAGCUGCUCUGCCUCCCCCUCUGGGUUGUAGUCCUAGCCACUGUAUUGUUCAGCAUUGGCACAUGUACCCUGCUCUACUUAUAUGGCUUUGAGCUCCAAACAAAUGGCACACGCAGUUGGGUCACUGUGCUAGAAUCAAUGGCCAUAGCAACACUGGGGCCUCCCGCAGUCUUCGCCCUGAGGACUAUUCUGCGGACAUCUAAGCACCUGCUCUACACCAUGGGCAGCAGCAUCCAGCACCAGAUGAACAGCUCGGCCGUCAGCGACCAGAUGGGCUUCAUGAACAAGGUGAGGAAGGAGGUGGGCGUCAUGGUGGACUUCAUCCACUUCAUGGAGGUGUUCGAGGGGAGGAGGAUCCGUGUGGUGCUGGAGAUCACCCACCUGGACCGCUGCAGCCCAGACAGGGUGGUCCGCACGCUGGAGGCUAUGAACGUUCUGCUGGCGGGGGAGAAUGUCCCGUUUGUGUCCAUCCUAGCUGUGGACCCCAGAGUGGUGGUGGGCUGUGUGGAGAGCACCAUGUGGCUCUGUGGGCUGACAUCCAGCGGGUACGACUUUCUAAACAAGAUGGUCACCCUGCCCUUCUCAGUGCCUGAGAUGUCCCGAGACUCCAAAUGCAGAGCUUUUAAAACCCUCGCUGACAGCUAUCUAGAGCUUGACUGGGAAUGUAUUAAGAGAGGAAAACAUAGAGCUGGGAAUUUCUCUGCAUUUGAAAAAGGCAGGCUUGAUGACAGCAUUGUGCCCUUCCUUGGAAAGGGCAAAAGCGAGACUGAGCUACUAGAAAAUGGCAUCCAUUGGGAAAUCUGGGCCAAGAAAAUCAAGGCGCUAACAAAUGAGGCAUUACACGCCAUAUAUACCAAAUACAGCCCUCUUCAUGUUUAUCUUAUGGGAAACCAUGUGCAUAUGAGAAGGAUAAUAAACUCUGUAAGGGUGACAGUCAUCGUCAUGGAGGCUAUGAAUUACGGGGGCUUCUCCAAAGCUAAAGAACUUGCUGCCUGGGUGGUGAUGGCCAACCUCUGGCCCUGCCGCCUGAGCUGGAUCCUGCAAUGCUCAGAGGACCGCCAGCAGAGGGCUGACACUAAUGACGCUGAUGGUGAUAUCAACCAGGCCAAGACCUUAUGGGAGGUGUUCAGUGAGACCAGUCUGGAGCUCCACAUGCUCAGAGAUCGUCUGGAGACCGUUCUAGAGCAGGAUGGAGACCCUGAGCUGUUUGAGAGGUUCCUUAAGGUGGACUUCCAGUUUACUCUGAAGGAUGUUGAUCUGUUCAGAUUGUGUACAGUCAACCUGGACCAAUCCAUUAAAGAAAAACUGGCUUGGGUUAGAGGGGGACCGGGCCUGAGAGACAGAACCAAGUCAAAUGCCAUCUGCCCACUGCGGAUUGGAACAGUUAUCAGUCUGAGCACAGAGGACAUCUGCAAAGAGAUGGAAAAGCUGAACAUUCCAGUGAAAUAUCAGCAGCUGCUGACAGAGAAUCAACUCGAUGGAGCGUCUCUGGUGUAUGGGCGCAGCAGUGAGAUCAGACAUGCCCUUCAGAUGACCUUGGGAGAAUGGAUUACUUUCAGCUCGCACUUCCUGGAAGCCAAGCCAGAUGCUCAACCUCACGCGACAUGA